AUGUCGAAUAAGGGGUUAUUGAUAAAGAAAGAAGGUGUUGAUGAGAAUCAACAUAAUAAUAAGGAUGAACAGGUUCGACCUCAAGAAGAGAUUCGUGUAGAGGAACAUUUUAUUGCUGAAGAAGAGGGUGUUGAUGAGAAUCAACAUAAUGAAGAGGAUCGAUCUGAAGAAGAAGAGAUUCGUGAAAAUGGUGAACAUGGAAAUGAUAGUGAAACGGCUAAAGUUGAUGAGUUAUCCGAAUAUAUUGAUGAGAGCGAUCCUGUUAAUGAUUCUGGAAGAUUUAUGGUUGGAAUGCAUUUUGAAAGAAAAAAAUCCAUUAAAGUUGCAAUUACAGACUAUGCUUGCGAUUAUCGCAGCCAAAGGUUUGUAUUGGAAGAAAUUCAAGGUAACAAUGAUAAAGAGUUUGCUGAUUUGUGGAGGUAUACUGCUGAGUUGAAAAAGAAUAAUGACACAAGUACAUUUAUCCUCCAAACCACCAAAGACGAAUCAACUGGAGUGAAUAAAUUCAAACGAUUCUACUCGUGUUUUGAGGCUUUAAAACGUGGAUGGUUGGCCGGAUGUAGACCCAUUAUCAGUUUUGAUAGGUGUUUCUUGAAAAGUAAGAGCAAGGGAGAAUUACUAACGACAAUUGGUAGAGAUGCCAAUGAGCACAUGUUCCCAAUUGCAUGGGCUGUUGUUGAAGGAGAAAACUUAUCAAGUUGGGAGUCGUUUCUUAAACUCCUAAUUGAGGAUCUUCAAUUAGGAGAAGGGUCCAACUUGACAAUUAUGUCUGACAUGCAAAAGGGACUGAUUAAAGCUGUUGAAAAUUUGUUACAUAAUGCUGAACAUAGAUUUUGUUGUCGAAAUUGGUACAGAAACAGGGCCAGAGCUGGAUACAUGGGAGGGGACUUGAAGAUUUUGUUCUGAAAUUGUGCUCGAUCUACAUAUCCAGAACUUUUGAUGCCAACCUAAGA